CCCCAUCUCUCACUCUCACGCGCGCGCGCUCUCUCUCUCUCUCUCUCUCUCUCUGCAUCGUAUUUUUACCCUGGUCCGAACACUGAUCCGAUGUCUAUUGAUGCGCUUCACACCCCUAGAGACUCGCUUGCCGUCUCCGGUACUCAGUCUCAAUCGAAGGUGAAGCGCAGGGAGGUGCAUUUUAGGGGCGUGCGCAAGAGGCCUUGGGGCCGGUUCGCUGCUGAGAUCCGAGAUCCGUGGAGGAAGACCCGGAAGUGGCUUGGCACCUUCGACACUGCCGAGGAGGCUGCCUUGGCCUACGACGAGGCUGCAAUCAGCCUCCGCGGGAUCAAGGCCAGGACCAACUUCGGCCUCGGCGGCCUCGUAAUUACGCCACCGGUACUUUCCAAUGGCACCGGUGCGUGUAAUUAUUUGGGCUGGAUGCCCACACCGGAAUGCUUUUCCGGCGCUGGGAAUCCAAUUCCAGUGACAUCGGAGUACAAAGGGUACAAGAUGGAGAACGUUGACGUGAUGGUGGUGAGCGAGCUGGAUAAGGAGGAGAAGAAUAAAACGAAGCAGCCGUUUCUGUUCGAUCUGAAUCUCCCGGCGCCGCUGUUCUGAAACGAGAUCGUGGUAUCAGGCGGCGGAUAACUCGUACGGUUUUGUAUUCUACAUUUUUGGCGUUGGGGUUCCUUUUUAACCCUCGUCAUUAGUUUUUAAUUCCAGUUCAAGCAUACGUAAAGCUUAAUUAAUUAGCAAAGCACUUGCUUACAGGCUUCUA